AAAAUCCUAGAGUAGGAUACAUGAAUACCAAGAACGAAGAGACUGGACAGAUCUUCAAGCAAUUCAUUUGUCUCUUGAGACACAAUAAAUAAAAUGAUUAAUUGUUAGUGAACCUGUUUGCAGCAUCCCUUACGCUAGAUUGUCAUUGUGAUAAAGACAUUUCUAAAAUUUUAUUCUUUGUCUAUCUGCUAGGUCAUGUUCUUCAUUAAGAUUUUGUUUAUUCUUUAGUCUAUGUUCAAGGGCUAAAAGAGCUGCUUGCUUUACCAAGAUCUCAAUAUUCUCGGAUAGUUUUGUACAAACAUUGUUGAACUGUUGCCAGGAAAAUUUUUGCCUAAAGCUCUGCCAGGCGGCAAUAUGGCAUGUGUCACUCCACACUUCACCCCUCAUUACUACAAUCUUGAUCUUCCAAUCAAUGCGACUCAAAAACAUGUCAAGCAGGCAUAUCGUCGCCUUGUCAAGUUAAUACAUCCAGAUAAGAUUAGAGAUCCAGAUCAAAAGGAGAAUGCCCUGGAAGCAAUUCACCUUAUCAACGAGGCUUACCGGGUGCUGACCGACAACGAGAAGCUUCUUGAGUAUCGCUAUCAAUGUGAACGGUUUGAGUGGGAUUGUCAUGGGAAACACGACCUUCCUCUGACAUGGGAACUAAAUUACUGGAACGAAGAAUGGAAUAGCAGAUGUCGAAAUGUGACGAGCACGGCGCCCAAACCGUGGUUUUGGCAUUAUGACUCGGGCUCAACUGGAACAAUGUGCGUUUAUUCGGAUCAACCUAUCGGGCCCCUGGGCUUGGAUUACCUUACAGAGCCGGAUCAAAGUUUCUGUACAGCAACCUGGGUAAAUCUUGUCCAUUUAUUCGUGGAUAAUGGGCUACCUAACCCUAUAGGCGACAAUAUAUGGCGUUGGGCUGAGAGCUGGAGAGAUAGGAGACUCAAUGGAACAAAACCUAAGUACGAGUAUUUGCACUUUCAACGUGGCUGCGAUCAUUAUCAGGUUAUGGUCUCAAGGAAGGAAGCCUACACUCCAUGGUCACAAAUUCCAGCCAACACCGAUUGGCCAACUAUAGGAUACGCGUGUGAAUUAUUUUGCCCCGAUAUCUUAAUAUUACCUUUCACCCUUUACAUCAUUGUACUUUAUCUCUUACUAUCCAUCUGCUUAAGUAUACUUAGAAAGCUCUCAAGGCAGCUAUCACUAGCAUUUUGGCCACCAUCUGCAAUUUCUAGCCCUACUCUGGAUGACUCGCUUGUAGAUGAUAUCAUGACAAGAUCACAAAGAGAGUCUCAGUCUAGUGCAGUGGGGCCACAAAGUUCGUCAGACAUAUCAGAAAGGGAUUACUAUGCAGAUGGAGAAGCUACAUCAAGAUACUCUUCCGAUAAAUUGUCACAAACGCAGUUUUACGACUCCGUAGCAUCACAAAGUCGACCAACAAAUCCUUUGGGUAGAGCAUUAUCAACACAUAAUUACAGUGCAGAAGAAACUCAAACUCCAUAUACAAAUCUUCCGGAUCAAUCACUACCAACACGAGAUUACACCGCAAGCAAUUCCCAUACCCGGUCAACAAACCCUACAGACAUAUCAUCACCCACACAAUUCUUCAGCGCAGCAGCACAACCAGCAGGGUCUCCCGCAAACCCCUCACAACUACUCUCACUAAAAUCGUCAGAAAAACAUUGGUACUAUUCCGACAAAGACGGCGUCCACGAUUUACCACUACGAGAGCGAAGAAACCCCCUGGCCCCCUACGAACCACUACGACCCCGCUUCGUCCACUAUGAAGACGAACAAUACGCCGACGAUGAAAGGACCCCUAGACCUUGCAUGGCGCUAACAGCAACGGGGAAGCCCUGUCAGAGAAGAGUGUCAAUGGUGACGCCGCUCACCGGCUCGACCGUCUCGGGACUCGUCUCCCCGCUGUGUUUUCAGCAUAGACAUAUUAGGAGGUGGAUCAGGAAUAUUAGUGGUCAAGAUCCUUCUACGCCUGGGAAAUCUUCUUUGGUGGGGAAUUUGCCGGGGUCGGAGAGGAGGCCUGUUGUUGCGUAAAUUGUGUUUUGAGGUUGAUUGUCGAGAGGGUUUGAUUUAACCGUUGAUUUAAUUAAUGGCUCACUGAUUAUUAAACCUCCUUCUCGAUGAUUGAAGGAUAUAGUGAGAUGGUAUGGAGAAUAGCAAUUUAGUAGAUGAGGCUCCUGGAGAACCCUCUUGAACCCUCUUGUAAUCUACCAAAAUUGGGAGAUAUUAACAUUGUAUGCAUUCAGGGCGAUUAAUAAAGACACCGAUAUCAUAAACACACAGAGGAUUACUUCUGACUCGCAGAUUAGGAU